AUGGAAACUACUAAGACCUCACUUCAGCUAAACCUUAACAAAUUCCUUCGGCAAUAUAGAAAAGCACCUCAUACCACCACAGGCCAAUCACCAUCGCAGCUAUUUUUGGGUCGUUCACUCCGGACUAGUCUAGAUCUUCUCAGACCUGAUGAUAUAUUUACAAAAGUAACUGAAAAACAAAACUCGCAAUUCAGCCCAACCUUCCGCAUUUUUCAACCAGGGCAAUCGGUCUUUUUCUUAUCAAACAACCCUCGUAUGGACAAAUGGGUUCCAGGAGUUAUCAGGAACCGUUUGGGAGACCUUCAUUAUGAAAUCACGUACCUUGGCAAACAGUUUAAACGCCAUAUCGACCAGAUCAAAGGUCAUAAAGAUAAUUAUUCAAAUAAUCAAGAUAAAACUCAUGGAUCGCAAUAUGCAGAGCAUAUAGAUGUUCCAGUCAACGAUCGCUCUAGUCAAUGCAUAAGACCACCACAAACGCCUAUACCACAUCAACAGCCACUGAGUGAAACUAGUGCUGCUGUUGUAGUACCCAAGCAGCAGUCACUUACUCCACAAGAGACGCAUUCACCUGGACCUGGAAGUCAAUUAAUUACACCCCCAGCAGCUCCACGAAGAUCCACCAGACCUCGGAACCCUCGGGUCUUAUUCUCACCUUAG